AUGAGCAACUUUUCACUCGACGCAAGGCUCGACACAAAGGACCCUUUACUCGUCGAGUUCCUGGGACCGCCCAGCGCUGUGGUUCACAAAGUCCCAGGAAAACUGGUCAUGACUGUCACAAAGCCUUUUCAGCUCAAACAAUUGACCGUGGCGUUCCUAGGACAAGCUUUCAUCAAAUUUGGUAAAGCUGUCCUGACUGUCAAGAGUGAGCCCAUCAACAUCGAUAGGGUCGAACACAUCCUUUUGACAAGCCCAGCACACUACCUCCCAGGAGAAUACACCUUCCCCUUCCAACUCGACAUUCCUGGAGAUAUCGCAACAACCGAUUGUUCAAGUCUGUUGCAGUCCUCCAUCUGUUGGGAAUAUUUCCUGGUAUCGAGCGGGACUCCUGUGGGUCUGAUAUCGAGGCGCAAGGAGUUCAGGAAGAAGCUGGAGAUGAGACGAGUCCAGGUUGAGCCUUCCAGCACGGCGUUUUCGCAGUUUGGAGCCUCGCGCGAUGGUCAAAUUGAGUGCUCGAUUCACACCUCGAAAUUUGUGGCGCUAGAUCAGGAGCGGCUCAGGGUGAAGCUGUAUAUUCAUGCGUACAGCAGUCAGUUCAAGGUCAAGGAGGUCCUAGUCGGAGCUAUACAAAACGAGUGUAUCGAAUUCGACAUGGACUCACACGACCUCCAGAAACGUGGCAAACGAUUCGUAAUGCCAACAAAGGAGACGUACCAGAUGAUGGGCCAUCCACGACAGAAACAGAGCUCAAUCGCACAGUACUACCACACCACCCCCAUCUCCAACGUCGUCGUGCUACAGAAUCCAGACCAGGAGGACUUUUCAUCCACCUGGGGUCGAGAAGAUCCCAUUGAGUGCGAACUGACACUAAUGAAUACCAACAUGCUCCCGUGUGAGUUCACAACCUGGAUGAGGAUCGGACAUAUGGUUCAACUCACCAUCGUCUUUGCAGACUCGUCUAUCCGGUCAAUGGUUGUCAAACCGCCCUUCACUGUUGGCAGGGUCCUGCAGGACCCCUGGACUCACCACACCCUUCGGGCUCUCCAUCAAGGCGACGACGAUUACUCUCAUAUUGAAGACCAUCACGAUCACCACGCGCCGGAUAACUCGGCGCUUCCAGGAUAUGGCGAGGGCAUCGAGCAUACAACGUUGUUGGAUUCAAAUACUCAUCGCAUGGAUCAUUCGGGGGGGCUGUACCGGGAGUUGUAUCCUGAGCGUGGCGACCUUGUCGUGCCCGAUAUUUCAGAUGAGUUGCCGCCGACGUAUGAAAGCGAGUUGGAGCGGCCAGAACCCUCUUCUGGCAAAGGGCAUUAG